AUGGACCUCCUCGACGACCGUAGAGUCAAGUGUGUGCGACCUCUCAUCCCUCCUCAGAUCCUCCACGAAGAGCUGCCGCUUUCCUUGAGAGGUGCUCAGACGGUAUUGGAUGGUAGGAGGCAGGUCGAGGCUGUCAUCAAGGGGGACGACGACAGACUACUUGUCAUUGUUGGCCCGUGCUCCGUCCACAACCCCGAACAGGCCGUCACCUACGCCAAAAAGCUCAAAGAGUAUGCCGAUGCUGCCGAGGAUGACCUCGUGAUUAUCAUGCGAGUCUACUUUGAAAAGCCCCGAACCACCGUCGGCUGGAAAGGUCUCAUCAACGACCCCGACAUGAACAACUCUUACCAAAUCAACCGCGGUCUGAAGAUUGCCCGAAAGCUGUUGUUGGACAUUACCGAAAUCGGUCUUCCCACGGCUGGCGAGUUCCUCGAUGUCAUUUCGCCCCAGUACCUUGCCGACCUCUUCGCCUGGGGUGCCAUCGGCGCCCGAACGACCGAGUCUCAAGUCCACCGUGAACUCGCCUCUGCCCUCUCCAUGUCUGUCGGCUUCAAGAACGGUACCGACGGCUCCAUCGGCAUCGCUAUCGACGCCAUCAAAGCCGCUGGCGCUGGUCACACUUUCUUGUCUGUGACGAAACAGGGCUUGUCGGCUAUUGUCGAGACUGAGGGCAACGCUUCGACGCACGUCAUUUUGAGAGGCAGCAGCAAGGGACCGAAUUACGAGGAAGAUGAGGUCGCUGCUUGCGGAGAAAAGUUGACCAAGGCUGGCCUUCCCUCCAAGAUCAUGGUCGACUGCUCCCACGGCAACUCUUCCAAACAACACCAAAACCAAAUCAAAGUCGCCUCCUCCAUCUCCACCCAACUCUCCUCCACCUCCUCCACCACAUCCUCCUCCCUCAUCGGCGUCAUGAUCGAGUCCAACAUCUACGAAGGCAGGCAGAACGUGCCUCCCGAGGGUCCUGUCGGCCUCAAGUACGGUGUCAGUGUGACGGAUGCUUGUGUCAGCUGGGAGCAGACGGUUGGUAUCUUGGAUGAGUUGAGGGCUGGUGUGCAGGGCAGGAGGGAGGCUGUCAGGGUCAAGAGGGAGGCGGAAGAGAGGGCUUAA